GUAUUUUGAUCCAGUUUAUUUCUAUACCCAGAGACUAACCAAGAAAUCUGAUGUGUAUGCCUUCGGUGUGGUGUUGUUGGAAGUUCUCUGCGGGAGGCCGCCGGUGAAUACAAGACUCGAGGAGGAGGAAAUUAGCUUAAUCCUUUGGGCUCAACGACACAUUAAAAAGGGAAAGGUUGAUCGAAUCAUUGAUCCCUCAUUGAUUGGGCAAAUAACACCACAAAGUCUAAAGUACUUUGUAGAAGUUGCCUGCAAUUGUUUACAUACUGGUUCAAAGGAAAGGCCUACAAUGGCUGAAGUGGUGGGGACUCUUGAUCUUGCAUUGUUGUCACAACGUAAAGGACGAUCAGGGGGAAUAAUCGGAAAGGUGCUUCGGGGUAUUGCAACUGUGCCUAAAGGUAUGAAUCGUUGGUGGAGGGAGAGAAAUGAGAAUGGACCAUCAAAUGAUUCAUUUUGGGAACCACUUCCAGAUAGUGUCACCCGACAACUCCGUCGCUUCUCACUAGCUGAUAUUCGAGCAGCCACAAAUGAUUUCAGUGAGGAUCGUUUGAUUGGAGAAGGUCAGCUUUGCAAGGUGUACAAAGGGUAUUUGGAUGGGGCGACCGGUAUUGUUGCGAUCAAAAUGUUGGCGACGUUGCAAUCAAGGCAAGCCCGGAAAGCAGCUACGGUUGAGAUUGAGGUACACUCCCUACUCGACAGUCACCCCCACAUAGUCUCUCCAAUUGGAUUCUACAAUGAGAAAUCACAGUUAAUCGGCGUGUAUGAUUACAUGACAAAUGGAUCCUUGGAAGAUCAUUUAUUCAAAAUAAAUCGCAAUCCACUUUUGUGGAAAGAGCGACUCAAGAUUUGCAUUGCUGUAGCACGUGGACUACAACAUCUCCAUUCGAGUGUGAAGCAUAGAGUUAUCCACUGCGACGUAACGCCAGCCAAUAUUCUGUUGGACGAGAAUUGGGUUGCAAAAGUUACUAAUUUUGCAAUCUCUAAACUAAUACCCAAUAACUUUGCAAAUGAAUCAUUAACAGUUUCAAUGAUUUGUGGCACUAUUGGAUAUAUUGCACCAGAGUACUUACAUGGAAAAUUGACAACAAAAUCUGACGUAUAUUCAUUUGGUAUGGUGUUGUUGGAAUUAUUGUGUGCCAAGAAAUUGCAUACUUCCGGCCCGAAUGAAGGUGAGUACUCCCUUCACUGUUGGUUCAAAAGUAGCUGCAAAAGAGGAACCAUUGAUCAAAUCAUUGAUCCAUAUCUGAUUGGGAAAAUAGCACCAGAAUGCUUCAAGGAGUUUGUCAAGAUUGCAUUGAGUUGUAUUCUUUAUCGGGUAAUCCAACGACCCUCGAUGAAUGAUGUGGUAACGAGUCUCCAGCUAGCAUUGCAAUUGCAGGAGACUUGGGAGACUCGUAUCGAGAUUGGUGUUGAGUUAUCUAUGACCGAACCUAGUUCUUACAACAACGUCUUCUCUAUUGAUGAACUGAGCAACGUCUUCUCUAUUGAUGAACUGUUUCCAACUUCAAAUUAUGAUGUAGGACGGAGUGGAUCAAUGUCUGACUCGGAUUAUGAUGAGUAAAUCGGUUAGCAAAGAGUCUAUGCAUCUCUGUAAGAGAGCUUGAAUUUGGUUCUUUUCACUUUUUGUGUAUAUGUAUGUCUUUGUUUCUUAUGUGUGUAUAGGGUCUUUUUUAUAUUUGUUAAGUUUAUUUAUACUAGUGGAUUUAUGUUGGGCAAUUUUUUCCUACUUGAAUGUUUUGAUGAGCUAAAAAUGUCAGCA